AUGGAAGAAGAGCUCAACAGUCAACUGGCCUUCCUUGACGUACAAGGGACAAAGCUGGUGGACGGGAAGAUAAGGACAACGGUCUACCGUAAGGCAACUAACAUCAGGCGAAUUCUCCACUUCAGAAGCAACCACCCCGUUGGUCACAAACGCAGUCGUGUCAGGGCCCUCUUCCAACGCGUUCAAACACACUGCAGCGAUGACAAUGGGAGGAAGGAGGAGAUUAAGUACUUGCAUGCCCUAUUUAGAGCCAACGGUUAUCCCAAGUCCUUCAUAUGCAAGCGUGUUAGGAAGCCCCACCCUGAGCGGUCGGACAGAAAAAAACCCGAAACUUUGGCUCGCAAUCCCUUAUGUGAAAAACGUGUCAGAGGCGACGGCAAGAAUCCUGAAGCCUUUCGGGAUCGGUGUGGCUCAUUAGCCAGAGUCAACAAUCAGACAUCAAAUAAUGAGGCCCAAAGACCCGCUACCGGUGACAGAACAAUCAGCAUACCAUGCCAAAACUGUGAUGCGAGGUAUGUUGGUGAAACGGGCAAACGUCUUGGCACAAGACUGCAUGAGCACCAGCUUGCAACCAACCGCAGGGACAAGCUGUCUAUGGUUUACGGUCACGUCAACCAGAAGAACCAUAAUUUCGCCUUUGAGAGGGCAAGAGUAAUCGGCCGAUCCAAUGAUAAGAUGGCCAGACUGAUGCCCGAACAUUGGCCCUCGACUGGCACACUCAGCAGAGCCAUAGACCUGCAUCCAGCCUACCAGGUGCUACGCACAAGGCUCUAG